AUGGCCAAGCUCUCCCGUGGUGCCCCCGGUGGCAAGCUCAAGAUGACCCUCGGUCUCCCUGUCGGUGCCGUCAUGAACUGCGCCGACAACUCGGGUGCCCGUAACCUGUACAUCAUCGCCGUCAAGGGUAUCGGCGCCCGCCUGAACCGUCUCCCCGCCGGCGGCGUCGGCGACAUGGUCGUCGCGACCGUCAAGAAGGGCAAGCCCGAGCUCCGCAAGAAGGUCCACCCCGCCGUCAUUGUCCGCCAGGCCAAGCCCUGGAAGCGCUUCGACGGCGUCUUCCUCUACUUUGAGGACAAUGCCGGCGUCAUUGUCAACCCCAAGGGCGAGAUGAAGGGCUCCGCCAUCACCGGCCCCGUCGGCAAGGAGGCCGCGGAGCUGUGGCCCCGUAUCGCCUCCAACUCGGGCGUCGUCAUGUAA